AUAGUCUAUAUUGGUCUCCGUUCUGGUGUCGUCAUCCUGUGGCCAGGCUCCAUUUCCCACGUGGGCCUCGGGUGCCAUAUUGCAUCCUGGGUAGUGUAGUUCAGGCAUUCCCUGCGCGCAGACUCAGUCGAGGGGAGGAAUGCGCAUGCGUCCUGGGCUCGCGCGACCUGAGCAACGUUAACCGCCCCUGGGUCCUGGGAGCGUAGGGAGCCCAGCCUUCUCUGGACUCUGACCUUCCCCCGCCAGCAUGGAGGAGAAAGAGGGUGAAGCAAGGCCUUCCCAGCUCGGGACAGCCAGCCCCCAGGAAUCGGUGACGUUCCGGGACGUGGCGGUGCACUUCACCUGGGAGGAGUGGAGCCACCUGGACCCCGCCCAGAGGGCCCUGUACAGGGAGGUGAUGCUGGAGAACUUUGAGAACCUCGUCUCCCUGGGGCUUCCAGUUUUGAAACCCGAAGUGAUCUCCCGACUGGAGAGAGGAGAAGCUCCGUGGCUGCCAAGGGGAGUGGACCCAAGAGACCCUGACCGAGGGUCCCUUUGUCCGGAGCAGCGACGUGACACCGAGGAUCCAGCUGUGUGUCAGAGCACUCACCUGACGGUAUCCUCUCAGGAGAGACUGCAGGAGGAAAUGAUUCAUACUGGUGAGGAUCACUGUAAAUUUAAAGACAGUGAAAAUGCCUUUAGUCAUUUGGGAAACCCUAAUGAUUAUCAAACAAUUCAUACUCAGAAGAAGCUCCAUCUUUUUAAUGAAUCAGGGAAAGCGUUUCUUCUACAUGAGAAAGCACAUGUUGGGAAAGAACCCUUUAAUUCUAACGAAUGUGACAAAGCCUUUCAUUGGGAAUGUAAACUUGGUGCACAUCACAGAAUUUAUACUGAACACAAACUCUUUGAAUGUAGUGAAUGUGGGAAAAACUUUAGCCAAAGGUCAUCCCUUAUUUCACAUCAGAGAAUUCACACUGGCAAUAAACCCUUUGAGUGUAAUGAAUGUGGGAAGGCCUUCUACAACAAAUCUCAACUUACUGUUCAUCAGAGAAUUCAUACAGGAGAGAAACCCUUUGAGUGUAAGGAAUGUGGGAAGAACUUUAGCCUGAAGUCAUCACUUAUUUCCCAUCAGAGAAUCCAUACUGGAGAAAAACCCUUUGAAUGUAAUGAAUGUGGGAAAAACUUUAGCCAGAGAUCAUCCCUAAUUUCCCAUCAGAGAAUCCAUACUGGAGAAAAGCCCUUUGAGUGUAAUGAAUGUGGGAAAAACUUUAGCCAAAGAUCAUCACUCACUUCUCAUCUGAGCAUUCAUACUGGAAAAAAAGCCUUCGCUUGCAGUGAAUGUGGGAGGGCCUUCUAUGACAAAUCUCAGCUCAUUUUACACCAGAGAAUUCACACUGGAGAGAAAACUUUUUUGUGUAAUGAAUGUGGAAAAGCCUUCUACAGAAGAUCUCAACUUACUGAACACCAGAGAAUCCAUACUGGUGAGAAACCCUUUGAGUGUAUUGAAUGUGGAAAAAAUUUCACUGUGAGGUCAUCACUUAUUCAGCACCAGAGAAUUCAUACCGGAGAGAAACCCUUUGAGUGUACUGAAUGUGGGAAAGCCUUCUACAACAAAUCUCACUUUACUGAACAUCAGAGGAUUCAUACUGGAGAGAAGCCCUUUGAGUGUGCAGAAUGUGGGAAAAACUUCAGCCUGAGGUCAUCCCUUAUUUCACAUCAGAGAAUUCAUACUGGAGAGAAACCCUUUGAGUGUGCAGAAUGUGGGAAAACCUUCAACCAGAGGUCAUCACUUAUUAAACACCAGAGAACCCAUACUGGGGAGAAACCCUUUGAAUGUACUGAUUGUUGGAAAAACUUCAGCUGGAAGUCAUCCCUUAUUUCACAUCAGAGAAUUCAUACAGGAGAGAAACCCUUUGAGUGUAAUGAUUGUGGGAAGGCCUACUACAACAGAUCUCAGCUUACUGUACAUCAGAGAACUCAUACUAGCAGGAAAUCUUUUGAGUGUACAGAAUGUGGGAAAAACUUCAGUGAGAGGUCAUCAUUUAUUAAACAUCAGAAAAUUCAUACAGGAGAGAAACAUUUUGAGUACAAUAAAUUUGGGAACUCUAUCAUUUAUUGCACAUCAGAUAAUUCAUUCUGGACGGGUACCCUUUGAGGGUAAUUAAUGGGAAAUAUUUCACUAUAAAUUUCAGCUUAAUGAACAUCAGAAAAUUCAGGAAAGUGUAUUGGAGAGAGAUCCACUAGAUAUAAUUAUGGAAAGACUUUACCUGAAAGGACCGAUUAACUGACCAUCAGAAUUCAUAUUUGAGAGAAACUCUUUGAGUGUUAUGAAUUUGGAAAACUUUAGCCAGAGGUCAUCACUUAUCAAAUAUGAGAAUUUAUACGGGGGAGAAUGCCAAGAAGGCAACUAGGUGGUCCAGUGGAGUGUUCUGUCCUUAGAA